AUGCCAGUGGCAUUUCUACUGGCAUUUACACAUUUAAAAACUCAUGGAUACAGAGGAAAGUCAACUUUCCUAGCUGGACAUGGAGACGGAGGUCUAGUGGCUGCUCGUUUUGGCACUUUUUCAAGUCACCUUCUUGGCGGAGUUUUGUUGUAUUCUUCAUAUCUGCCGAGUGGAAGUCUUCUUAAAAAAUAUCCUACACCUGUUUUGACCAUUAGCGGAGAUCUAGACGGAUUAACGAGGGUUACAAAAAUUGUUGACAUAUUCGAAGAGUUACAGGCAGAUAUUGCACAAAACCCAACACAGAAGUACAAAACACCCGUAAUUGUAAUGGAAGGUGUAAACUACGGACAAUUUGCUUUCGGCAAACUACCAUGGUGGAACGCUGAACACGAUUUAACACCAGAAGUGACACACUUAGAUGCUUAUCACACUAUAGCUGAUUACACAAGCGCAUUCGUGGUAUCUGCACGAAACGAUACAAAGACUAACUUGACAGCGGCUCAUGCUUUUCUGGAGCAGGGGUACUCAAAUACUCAGAUAUUACUGCAACCUCUUUCUCAGGUGAAGGCUCUAGACCAGAACACAGAGUCAGUAUCUCACUGGACAACUACUGCCCAACAGCUUAUUGUUAAUUUGCUCAAUUCCACAUCAGUUGAGGAUCAUAUGACUUAA